GGCAGGGUUGCCAGUGCCCCGCCUGGCCUGGGAUGGGCUCUGCGCAGCUCCCUGAUUGCUCAGGGACCACGUGGAGACUGUGAUUGGUCUCUAGACCACACCUAGUUGGUGAGUGCAGCUGUUCCCUGAAUAUCCCACAGCUCUGCCUAGAUCGCUGGAGUGCGCACACACCUACCUUCAGACACCAGACCCGGAGAGGAGCCGUGGUGCUGCUGCAGCAGAGGAGUCGUGGAAACUUUGCUGAGUCCUCGGGCCUCCCGCGCACGGCGAUGCCGGCCUCGUCCACCAUCCACGUGCUGCAGCUGCUGCGAGAGCUGCUGGCCUUCGUCCUCCUCAGCUACACAGUGCUCAUCGGGGCGCUGUUGCUGGCUGGCUGGACCACCUACUUCCUGGUGCUGAAGUGACAGCGCCCAGAGCCCCGCCCCCCGCCGUGCUCGCCUCGUGCCCGCCCCCACCCGCCCGCCCCACGGCGCGCUGCCCCGCCUCCCCGCCUCCCCGCGGGACGCGCUCUACUCGCUGACGGAAGAGCCGUGCGCCUCGCGCCCGGGCUAGGGCUGCCUCUCGAGGCACGGCCACGCCCGGGUUGGAGUUCACGCUCCCCUCACGACGG